CUCCAAUCUGAAAUUAAUCCCCCACGCACGAUUCUACACGAACAAUGGAGAGCAUAAACUCACCGCCCGGCAUCAAAGGUUGCGGUUCUUUCUACGCCCCUGCUCUCAUUUGCAUGGUCGGCGUACUCUGCACCGCACUGGCGCUCGUCGCCUACCGCCUCAUACUCGUAAAAUACUGCCUCACGCGGAUCCACCGAAGCCCCGCCGCCCCGUCGCCGCAGUCCGCAGCCGCGCCAUCAGCCGUUGGCGUCGACGAGAAAACCCUCCGCGCGAUUCCGACCCUCGCGUACUCCGCGAACAAACACGGCCCGUUCCGGGUGGACCAGAGCGAGUGCGCGGUCUGCUUGGGGGAGCUGGAGGAGGGAGACACGGUCCGGCUUUUGCCCACCUGCCGGCACGCCUUUCACGUGCCGUGCAUCGACGACUGGUUCGCGGCGCACCGGAGCUGCCCGGUAUGUCGGUCGGAGGUGGAAGCGCCGACGGAGGAAGAAGGCGUCAGUGAAGUAGUCUGCGUGCAGGAACAGGGAAGGGACGGCGGCGGUGAGUCUAGUGCUUCUCCAUCACGGCCGGUGGAGCCCGGAGGGUUUAUCCGGCGGGAGAGGGGGAUGGGUUUUAGUGGGUUGAAGCGAUCGUGGUCGAUGGAUCAGUCGACGUGUGUUAUGGAGAUGGAGAGGGAAGAGGAAAUAUUAGGGUCAACCUCUUCUUCUUGUUCUGCAAAUAUGCGUUAUUUGUGUUAUUCUUCGAAGACUUUAACGGGGGCAAGAUCGCAUCGAGCGGUAGUGUUGCUGAGGUCUUUCUCCCAACUGGGGAUGGGUCGACAUAUCAGUGGCAGGCCUGCUGCAAUUCUUCCCUACUGAGAUUUUUUUGCUCCUACUUUUUUUUGGUCGAAGAGUCCUUUUUCUUUUUGUCGAAGAGUCCGAGAAAUUUUUUUGUUUGCGGAAAUUAAUGUAGGUAUGAUUAAUAAGAUUUUAACUGUCAAAAUUAAAUAAUUAUCAAAUAGAUACUCUCUCUCUC